AUGUUCGACGCUGAAUACUCGGGAUCUAGGAUAAAUCGAGGCGCUCAUCCGCAGCACCGGCGCUUGCAUGUAUGUACUCUAGAUCCGAGUGGUGUUCAGCUGCUGCGCACGACUGCGGUUCCCGUCUCCCGUGUGUAUACUAGCAAGAUUCUCCAACAUGUCCCUUCUGCGCACCGGCAAGAUGUUCCACUCUGCCUGCAUCUGGACUCGACCUCACACUGGCAUCUGGCCACUUUUCAGUUGCUGUCGGGGUUGAGACUCGAGUUCGACCGGAGAACAAUCGGACCGGUACCGCCCACACAUGCCCACAGUGCAACAAAGGUCGAAAGCUCAACUAAUUGUGCUUGCCUAUUCUCUGAUUCUGACGCGCGCGCACCUCCAGCUUCCGUUUUCUCGAGCACGAGCACGAAAGAGGUCGUCCUACUGUUCGUGUCCGUGGCAUCCUGGAAGGGGGACUCCGUAUGGCUUUGCACCACCAGGGGAUGUGGGUGGUCCGCAUCAAUUGACGAGGAUCCCUCGACCUGGGAGCCCGGCGUGGGAGACUUGAUGAAAUAAGCUUGUGAAUGACUACCCGGUCGCGUUGUUAGUGGAUAAUACUGGAUGAGACGGUGAGGUCAAGGAUCAAUGUAUUUGGUUAAUGUGCAAACACUUGUAUCUAGUAUCAAAAGCUACAAAAAGUACAUGCUCC